GUAUGUCCAGCGUUUUAAGCAGCAGCGGGCAAUCAUUCCUCAGCAGCCUCUCGGUAGGCGAGUGGUUUAUGGGAAUCGGCGUGUUGGUAGGAACACCUCUCCUCCCCUUGCUUCAACAUCUGACAGAUCACAGGCCCUUGCCCACUUGAUCCUCUCCGCGAUCUACAACGUCUAUCUCCACCCACUUGCCAGCUAUCCAGGACCGAGACUCGCAGGCCUCACACGGCUGUGGUACGUCUACUAUUGUCUCCGGGGCGAUCUGAUCUACAUCGUCAGCGAGCAACACCAACGGUAUGGCCCAAUUGUCCGAAUCGCGCCCGACGAGCUGUCGUACACGGACCCCAACGCUUGGAACGACAUCUACGGCCAUCGGCAGGGAAAGCCCGAGAUCAUGAAGGAUCCAGUCUUCUAUUCGAGCAUGAGCUCGGGUCCUGGGAGCAUCAUCAACGCUGACCGAGCACGCCAUGGGCAUCUCCGCAAGCAAAUGUCCCACGGCUUCUCCGAAAAAGCACUCCGGCACCAAGAGCAUGUCAUUCGUCAAUACGGGGAUCUGUUCAUUCACCGCUUGGAUGGUCUCGCCAGAGACGGCCGUGCGACGGUGGACAUUGUCAGUUGGUUCAAUUACUUCACCUUUGAUGUCAUGGGAGAUCUGGUGUUCGGGCAGUCCUUUGGCUGCCUGGAAGGCUCAAAGUACCACCCAUGGGUCAAGCUCAUCUUUGAUUCCGUCAAAGUGGCGGCGUGGGUCCGAUGUUCCAAAUACUGGCCUCUGGCCACCCCUCUUACGCGGCGAAUGAUUCCCUCGGACCUUCAACAGCGGCGGGUGGAACAGAGGCAGAUGGCCAAGGAGAAAGCCGCAUUCCGCAAGGCCAUCACAGAAGAGAGAGAUGAUCUCAUUUCGGGAAUGCUUCAUCCCGACAGCGAAGUCACUCAUCUCGAAUACCAAAGCAGCGUUGAGACCGUCAUCGUGGCCGGCAGCGAAACGACGGCAACUCUCAUGUCCGGAGCCACAUACUACCUCCUCAAGAAUCCCGACAAAAUGCAAAAGGUUGUUGACGAGGUUCGGUCGACAUUUUCAUCCGCCGAAGACAUCGAUUUUGUCUCCGUCAACAAGCUCCCCUACUUGCUUGCUUGCCUCAACGAAACCCUUCGAGUAUACCCUCCUGUGGCCGAUGGGUUCCCACGCAAUACAGGGCCCAGGGAAGAGCUGAUUUGCGGCAAGAUCGUACCUCCGCGCACGCUCGUACGGCAAUCGCAGUGGGCAACAUACCACUCGCCCGACAACUUCACCCGGCCUGACGAAUUCCUCCCCGAACGAUGGAUUGGAGAGGGCAAAGGCUUCGAAAAGGAUCGAAAGGAAGCCUUGCAACCAUUCAGUGUCGGGCCGCGGAAUUGUCUCGGUCGCAAUCUCGCUUUCGUCGAGAUGCGAUUGUUGAUGGCGCUGCUGUUAUGGAAUUUCGAUCUGGAACUUGACGCCAUCUCGAAUGAUUGGGGCAAGCAGAGCGCAUUUCUUCUCUGGGAGAAGCCGGAGAUGUAUGUCAAAAUCAUUCCGCGACAAAAGGCUGGAGCGUGAACGGAGGAGUUCGAUCUGUUGCGGAACGUUUAGAUUGUCCAUAGUUGAGACUCCGCUCUGACACCUGGUUCUUCCGAAACAUCACCAUUCCGAGCGUCCAGCCUUCCGUUCACC